AUGAAGCUUUUAUCGAAGCUACGCAAGAUCGUUCCAAAGGUUCUUCGAAUCUUCCCUUCACAGCAGAAAGACCGCCAACUCCUUCAAAAUGAUCCUGACGAGACUGAAGACCACCAACAAGGGAAAUACAUACUCCCGGCUGAAGGCGAACAUCAUCUGGCCACGAUGAUGGGGUUUCCAUCUCGGUGUUCUUUACCUCCUAGUCAAUAUGAUGCCGUCUGCAAUGAACUAGUCGAGUUAGCCUCGGCAAUUUCCGACUUCGAACCCGUCCGCAUGUAUGUGCGCCCCGAGGACAAGGACCUGGCCGAGUCUCUGAUCAUGAUGGCUGCGAAGGAUGUUUCAAAAGUUAUGCUUAUCCCAUGUCCCAUCAACCAUUGUUGGGUUCGCGAUACAGGCCCAAUCUACGUUCAUGAAGCCACAGAAUCAUGGUUUAACAAACGAUUUGCAUUGAACGGUCGCUUUAAAGAGUGGCGAGGAGAAAAUGCAGAUGAUGAUGGCACAUACAUCGGUCAGCAAUGGUCGGUCAUGGACAAAAGGGCCAUUCAGGAAAACUCUGACUUUGCGCGUUGGGUUAUCGAUCAUGAUAUUGACCCGACUCCGGUCACUCGUAUUGAUUCCCCUAUUUGCAUGGAGGGAGGCGAUCUAAUCACUGAUGGAGAGGGUACACUGCUCAUCACAGAAUGUAGUGUCAUAUGCGACAAACGAAAUCCCAUGAUGACCAAGUUCAGUAUUGAGAGAGAAUUGAAGCGCCUCUUGGGAAUUGAGAAAGUGAUAUGGCUCCCAAGUCGACGGAGCGACGUCACGGAUGAAAAUUUGCACGUUGAGGCACGGUUUGUCCGGCCAGGAGUUAUCGUCUGCUCCAAACCCCAUGGCACUGCGCUUGACCUAUGGAAGGAUAUGCUGGAUGAGAUCGAAGAGACUCUUGACACCGAGACAGAUGCCAAGGGCCGACAUCUUGAGAUUCACACUAUUGAGGAACCAGAUCCUCAGAUCCUGGACAAAACUCCUUUUGAUGAACUCGCCGCUAGCUAUGUCAAUUUUUAUUUUGUGAACGGCGGUUUGGUUCUUCCUAAGUUUGGGGAUGAGGAGAGAGACCAAAAUGCCCUGGAAAUAAUGCAGGCUUUACUUCCUGAGAGAGUUAUUCGACAAGUAUAUAUCAACGCCAUCCAGCUUACGGGGGGUGCGCUGCACUGUGUGACCCAACAGGUUCCUUCCGUCUAA